AUGGUUUUGGAGGAGUCCAGGACUCACAGGUACCCGCCGCAGGUGAUGGAGAAGGCGCUGGAAAUGGCCGAAGGCAUCCAAGUGACCGGCGCGCCCGUCCGCACCACGAGAGAUGAACUGGUUGCCAAGGUGAAGAAAAGAGGCAUAUCAAGUAGCAAUGAAGGGGUAGAGGAGCCUCCCAAGAAGCGAGCUGUUGAGAAAAGCAAAGAUUCUAAGGAUACUGUAAAGGAUGUGAAAACAACCAAGGCAGAAGUCCCAAAGGGAGCAGAGAGCACGUUGCCAAAAAAGCAGGAAAAAGAUACUAGCAAAGAUUCAGAAAGCUCCCAGCCAACUUGCAGUUCAAAUCAAGAAAUGGUCACAGCAUCAGAUACAGAAACAGAAAGAAAACCCGCUAUUGCUGAAAAUACUACUGAGCAAAAUCCAUCUUCACCUGAAAAAGAGUCAGGAGAGAAUCCACCUAAGGAAAGCAAGUGUGAAAAUGCGCCGUCACCUGAAAAGAAAACCACAGUAAGUGUAGUGCCACCUGCUGCCAAGAGUGCCCCGCAGGCAGAGGCGGUGGCAGAAGCGGUUCCACCAGCUGUUAAGAGUGCCCCGCAGGCAGAGGCGGUGGCAGCGGCGGUGCCGCCAACUGCCAAGAGCAUCCCGCAGGCAGAGGCAGUGCCACCGACCGCCAAGAGCAUCCCGCAGGCAGAGGCGGUGGCAGCAGCAGUGCCACCGACCACCAAGAGCACCCCACAGGCAGAGGCGACAGGUGAAAGCCCUGCUAAGGCUUUGUCCAAGCCGUUAACCAGUGAAGAUGCAAAGGAAAGACAACCUUUUUUCAACAGACUGUACAAAGCUGUAGCCUGGAAACUGGUUGCUGUUGGAGGCUUCAGUCCUAACGUAAAUCACGCAGAACUUCUAAACUCGUCUAUUCAGUCUGUGAAAGCUACGUUAGAUGUUGCUUUCGUACCCUUGAAGGAACUUGCAGACUUGCCUCAAAAUAAGAGCUCUCUAGAAAAUAUAGUUUGUGAACUGCGGUGCAAGUCUGUCUACUUGGGUACUGGCUGUGGUAAAAGUAUGGAAAAUGCCAAAGCGGUUGCUUCCAGAGAAGCUUUGAAAUUAUUCCUCAAGAAGAGAGUUAUUGUGAAGAUCUGCAAAAGAAAAUACAAAGGUAGAGAAAUCGAAGAUUUGGUACUUCUGGAUGAAGAAUCAAAACCUUCGAAUUUACCUCCAGCUUUAAGAAAUCCUCGAGAGAUCUUGUAGGGGGGAAUCGCUGUUUGUACCGUGUAUAGUAUUUCAAGACAAGGACUGAAGGUUAAUUUUGUACUUUAAAAAUGUAGGCUUCCAGAUAUUUUGUAUUUCUUUCUCAGUUUUGCAAGACAAUGAUAGUCCUUUCACUUGGUAGCAAUUGUAUAAAACUUGUUAGAUGACAAGUGCGCAUUUAAAGGUAUGCCUUAAUAUAUAGCACACUAGUGUGCUGUUUUAUUUGCAAAAUA